AUGGUCGAUAAAACAAGCGACAUUUUGAUAUUAGGCGCAGGUUGUUUUGGCGCAUCCACAGCGUACCACCUCCUGAAACGUGGGUUCACUUCGGUGACGGUGGUGGACCGAUCCACUGUCUUGCCUGCCCCUGAUGGUGCUAGCACAGACUUCAACAGAAUUGUCCGCAGCUCUUAUUCAGAACCCUUCUAUGCUCGGUUUGCCCGCGAGGCUAUAGCCGCCUGGAAGGAUCAGAGCGAAUGGGGCGACACUUACCAUGAAUCCGGUGUGCUAGUUCUGGGCACGGGCGAAAGCUCUUACUGCGACUCAGCAUAUGACAACGACGUCACUAUGGGUGCACGCAUCACGAAUUUCUCCGAUGCAGAUGGACUGCGUUCCGCAUUCCCGCCCAGUAUCAAGACAAGCUUCAGCGAAACAUCUUCGGGGUACCUGAACUCCGACGGAGGGUGGGCUAAUGCUACGAAAGGGACCUCCCUCAUGGUCUCCAAGGUUUUAGCCUUGGGCGGGCGGAUCUUGCGUGGUAAAACGGCGAAGAGGCUCCUGCAGGGGAAUGGAAGAACAUCAGGCGUAGAAUUCAACGAUGGAACCACCAUACGGGCCGACUUAGUCAUAGUGGCUACCGGAUCUUGGACGGCCUCUAGUUUCCCUGAAGUCCAGCUUGGGGACAAAUUUAUUGCAACUGGACAGAGUGUAGCGACCAUCCAACUCACGGCAGAAGAAGCACUCAAGUACAACGACUGUCCCGUCGUACUCGAUUUCAAGUCCGGCUUUUACGUCUUUCCACCGAACGAUGACUAUAUUCUCAAGAUGGCGAUUCACGCCGGUGGCUACGCCAACUUUGAACCGACGCCCCAGUCUACAACACCCAUUUCAACCCCGCGGACUAUAGGAUCGCACGGCGUCGAUGGUUUGCGGAUACCUAAGGCUAUGGCGAAGGCUCUCCGAGAGCAUCUUCGGGCUGUAUAUCCCGAGCUUGCAGAUAAACCAUUCAGCGGAACACGCCUGUGCUGGUAUAAUGACACCCCGGACGAGGACUGGGUCAUAGGGUACUAUCCCGGAGACCAAGGACUCAUGUUUGCAACCGGCGGGAGUGGUCACGCGUUCAAGUUCCUCCCCGUCAUUGGCAGUCUCGUGGCAGACGCUGUUACUGACGACCUUGACCCGUCCCUAAAGCAGAGAUUCGCUUUCGACCGAAAGUGCAGAGCUCAUGACCUCUCCCGAUCACUCACGGUGCUCCCGCUCCAGGAGUCCGAGCUCCGUACUGCCGAAGACCUCGUUCCGCAAUGA